CUUAAUCGCACUCCCCAGCGUAAGUUUUGCAUAUAAAAUUGAGCGUUCUCGGGUCGUUCGGUUUCAGUGUUACGGUCGAAUUCUUGGAGUUUAGACGCAAAUGGUGACUUUUGGAAGUUUUUGGAAAGUGGAAAGAUGAAAACAGUGAUCAUUUUUGGCCUGUUGGCCAUCUGGAGUGCUAAUAGUUCCCCGUUGGAGGAUAACUUUGACGGAUAUGACUAUCCGAAGCCAUCGUGUCCUCUGGCGUACCCAAUUACGGAAACGACCACCAUUCCUCAGCUGGAAUACAUCACGGUGAAACAAUUUGAAACGAGAACCAUUUUCAGUGUUCUUAAGCCAAGCACGAUCUUCUCCACCGAGAUCGUUCCAACGACCGUAACGGAGACGAGUCGAUCUACAAGCUAUCUAACCAGAACGGAUUACCAAACAGUGAUCAACACCGUUACACAAACACCUCCAGCUAUUACCUCAACGUUGACCUCGAUUCAAACUCAAUGGAAGACCACAACCUACCCGGUCACCCUAACCAAGUUCGAGACGGAGUUCCGCACAGAAACCGAGACCCGCUUCAGCACCAAAACAUCAACCCUAAGGACAACCCAAACAACGACACUCCCCAUAACGACCACACUAACCACCACGGUUUGUACUCCAAACAACGCGUACCUCCCGGUUCCGGAAAACCCAACCUGCACUCCCCCUCCACGAACCUACCUCCCGAUCGACAUCGCCCCUCCCGAUAUCCCCACCGAAACCUUCCAAAUCACCACGACCCCAACCAUAACCGAAAUCGUAACGGCCAAACCGAUCAUCGUGACCAACACCGUCCAGCCAAAGGCCCUUCCCCGGGUCGUUACCCUAACCCUGGAACCCUCGGAGACCAUCACGAAAACGAUCCAACCCACGAAAACCAGCCUCGUCACGAAGGACGUGAAAACGGUAACGCGCACCGUUACGCGAACGUCCUCGAAAAUUCUGUACGAUCAGCUCACGACCAAAACCGUGCACGUAACGCCCACGCUGACGAGUUACAUCUACGGCGAGCCGGUGACGCGGACCGUGAACAAGAGAAGUUAGUCGGUUUGUGAAGUUUUGUGGAGUUGUGUACAGUAAGAAAUAAGCCUAGAUGUAGGCAGGGGUAGCGAUGAUGGUUUAAUGAUCGGUGGUGAUGAUCGCUGAUGACGGUGUAAGGUGGGCUUGAAGCGAAUGGAAAAUAAAUGUUUUUGAAGAAAUUGUGUUCGCUUUGGGUUUUUAAGCAGUAUAUAUUAAAAUAAAAUAAAUAUACUAAAUUGAAGAAUUUUGCA